UUUUUUUUUGCACAAACUAAUAAAAAUGAUUUGAAUUCUCGAUUUUGCCGUUAAUCAAUGUACUUUCAUGAAUUAAAACCACAGUGAUUUGGGUUAAUUUUCUGAAUGAAAACAUUUUUUAUGAAUAAAAUAAUGAGUUUCCUUGGAAAUUUUUCCUUUAGAAAAAUGAAAAACAUAAAAAAAGAGGUGAAAAGCCAAUGCUCUGCUUGGAAAUGUAUCGCAUACCAAGGACAUAAUAUCAAAUACACAUACAUGCAUACAAGCAUGAAAGAGCGCCGAAUAUCCGACAUCCAAACAGCAACCGCAACAGAGACCAAACCACAUGCACAUCUAUUCGUCUCUUUCUAGCCUAUGCACAAACGCUGUAGUGAACGUUUGAUUUCAAAGAUUGAAGUGAAUGUGUGCGCACUCAACCACACAAAUCGUAUUGCGCACACACAACCCAAACCGAUCGAAAUGUUUGUAUGAAACUGUAUGCACCAGAAAGAGAUGAACCGAUGAGCAGUAGCAAUAGCAGCGUGCGACGCUUAACACAGUAGAAGUUGAAAAAAAAAAUCGGAUAUAACGAACGAAAAUCCAAACAGUAACAAGAGCAGGCCGACAGUCAGGAAAAAAAAGUACGUUUAUUUUAGUCCGAAAGAGACGUUUUUCCCGUACGUGUUACACAUAUUAAGUUGUUCAUUUGUCGUGAGAGUGAGAUCGUGUGUUAUUUUCUACGGCUUUAUUUAUCCUGAAUAAUAUCAUCGAAAACAAUGUUCUAGAGGCUAAAAAGUCGAGGCGAAAAAAAAGAUACAAAAAAAUGGAUCAGUGUGAAAUGCGUGAUAUAUAUUUAAAAGUGAUGACUUUUUGUUGGCAUAUUUGUUGACCAGAAGUGAAGUAAAAAAAAAAGCAGAAACAACAAAUCAAAAUUCAUUAUCCAAAUGUCGAAGACUAUUCAAACGUGUACCAUUUUUAGAACAAUUGAGUCAUACGUUUUAAAUUAACGUGCGAAAAGCAAGCCGAAAUAAAGAUGUACAACGAAUGAAACACUUAUUAUACGAAAUUGUAUAUACGUGUUUAAGUUCCUUGUCGGUUGUAUUUGCAUGAGUCUCUUUAUUUCGUCCGAAUUUUUAUGAAUUCGUUUUUUUCUUCUGCUUUGGCCGUUCUGUUGCAAAGAGUUGUAGGCAAAAGACCUUAUGUGUAUACUUUGUACAAGUGAAGAAGAAAUAAACAAAGCGCAAAAAGGGAAGAAGAGAAGAAGAAGAAAAAAAACACACAACAAUAAAAACGACGAAAUCUUCGAUAUUAUCGUUCUCUGUGUGUUGUACACACUCUGUCACCCAUACACACGCACAGACACACUAGUUAUGCAGUAUAUGUACAAGAGAUAGAAAGAGAGACAUAGUGAAUAAGUGCUAAGCGCUUUGCAAAGUGACUGUUUUUUUUUAAUUUUCUUUGCUGGAUAUGUAUUGGUUCUAUGGACAUUCCGUGAGACAGCAAAAAGAAAGACGAAGAACACUGUGUGUACAUAUAAAGUAGCAUUCUUGUUCGUUUUGUAUCUUCAUUCAGUAUAUUCAACGCGUUCAAACAUACAUUAGAAUACGAAAAUAUGGCUUGCGCAUGAAUUUCAAACCACACAAACACAAACAACAUACGAUAUAUUUUUUAACGGUCGAAAACGUGAAAUGAGUGGAACUGAUUAUGCGAAUAGUACAGGUGUUGUUACAUUUGAACAUGGAUUGGUGGGAACAAUGAAGCAAUUUGUGAAAAUUAAUGAAAUUAAUAAGCCAAUGCAACAACGUAUAAAAAAUAACAACGAAGAGAAAGAAAAUCAAACCAACGAACUAGUUACCAAUCAGAAAAUAAUCAAAAAAGUGGAAACGAUGUCAACAACAUCAUUGAAAAUUAUGGCAAAUCAAACAUUAGCAACAAGUGAAACCGAAACGGUUAUCGACGAACGUAUUUGUUUAAUUGGUUCAGUGGUUGAUGAUGAACAAAUUUUGUGUGCAGCUCGUUCAUUUAAUGUGCCCGUUAUUACAUCGGAAACGGGCUUAGAAUAUGUCAAAGACACCAAAUGGACCACAUACUAUGUGAUGCGCGAUUUUGAAGGCGAACAUUUUAAUGUGAUACGUAAAAGUAAGCAUCGAAUUUAUGGGCCAACGGCGUUACAACAAAUUGCACAGUCCGGUAAAGGUUUGGUCUAUGUCAAUCGGCCACUGUAUAAUUUUUCCAUGAAAGGUGUAAUUACGUGCUUCACUGGCAUUCGAAAAAAAGACGAACUAACACGUUUCGUGAAUUUGAUACACACCAUGGGCGGCAGCAUUCGAAAAGAUAUCAAAAAUAAUAGCCAUUGUACGCACCUGAUAUGCAGUGCAAGUGUUGGUGAAAAGUAUCAUUAUGCGAAAACAUUUAAUUUAACCGUGGUACGACCGGCAUGGAUUGAAGCAGCUUGGGAACGUCGUGAUGAUCCGAAUUUUUUCGCCAAUGAAAGUGAAUUUUGUGAAUUGUACAAGUUGAAAUCGUUUGAAGGGUUGCGCAUUUGUUUCUAUGGAUUUUCACCGGAAGAACAUCAAGAAAUGGUUGAUAUUUUGAAAAUGAAUGGCGGCAUAGCAACCGAUAUCGAUGAUCCGGAUUGUACGCACUUGAUUUUAGCCAGUAAUAUUUCCAAUUUUCCGGAACUAAUAGCCGGCAGUGGGCCAGUGUCACCGACAAUUGUUGCACCGCCACCCACGUCAUCACAUUCAAAUUUGGCCAGCACAUCGAUUGCAGUGGACAAAAUUCUACCACCCGAUGGUUUGGAUCAAUUGAAUUUGAACGAAAAUAAUAGAAAUGCUCAGUCAAUGUUGGGCAACAAUCCGCAGACAAUUGUUGAAACACCGAAAAAACCAUUCAAAUCGAAUAACGUACACAACGAUGCAACCAAUGAGGAGAAUAUCUUUUUGGAACCCGUCAAUCUAUCGCCAAUUUUGCACAACAUCGAAGAAGAGGAGGAAGAAUGUGAUGAGAAAGAUGUGUCCAAACGGAAACGUGACAGUUUCGAUAACAUUUCAAUCAUUUCAACCGAUACAUUUGCCGCUCAAUUUAGUUCGGCCAAGAAACCAAAACUAAUUCGUACCGGUUCAAUUACGCGAUCAUUGCGACGCAGCAUGAGUUUUGCAGCAUUGAAAAAUCCAAUCACAAGUAUGAUCCGGGUGAGACGAAAUUCCGUCGAUCCAAAUGCAUCGAUAAACUCAAUAACAUCGAUGGAAAGUACCUUUUCCGAAGCCAAACAACGACCUGUCAAAGAUAGACUGCUCAGUCUUAAAGAUCGCCUCACCAAUGGUAACCGCGCGAAACGGGAUUUUUGCCAAACACCAAAAACAUCGAAACGAUUCAACAAUGCCGAACCGGUUAAUGAUGACGAUAAAUUUGCUCAACCGAAUGAGAUGAGCAUAAUGUCGUGUCGAAAAUUGAUUAACAGCACAAUGAAUGCAACAGCAAUGGCUGAAACGAUCGAAACUGAUGAAAAUCAAACUGUCACCGUCGACGCGGGAAAAUUGCCGGACAACAACAAUAAACAGGCAACUAGUGCUGAUGUUGCCGACAAUUCAAAUGCAACUGUUACUCAAUCACAACCAUUUUCGUUAGCAUCGACGGAAAAUCAACACGAUCAGAUAAAGGGUGGGUCUCAAAGUGGUGUGCCACAUAUGGUCAAAGCGGAAUGGUUUUGGUACACGAUUCAAAAGGGGAUUGCAAGUGAAGAAGAGCAUAAAUUUAGCGAUUACCUGGAGAGUGUGACGAAUACGCCGGGCGGUGAUCGACGCGAAUCAUUGGUGAAACAUCGUAAACGUAAACGCUUCUCAAUACUGGGAGCAUCGGGCAAACGACGCUCAUCGAUUUCUGAUGCAGGAUUAUCAGUGUCGGGCAGCUUUCUGGAUUGUACCAAUAGUCCCAGCAUUAAGUAUGACUCAAAAGAUUUUGAUUGUAGCAUGGACAAUACACCAAAAACAAAGAAGCAAAAAUCGAUGCGUUUCAAUCACUUUAUGGAUUUAUACUCAACGGAAUCGAAUUACGUGGGCAUUUUGCAUACGAUUGUGUCGGAGUUUCAAAAGCCAUUGGAAUAUAUGGUCGAUACGGAUGAAGAAUUGCUCAACAAAUCCGAGCUACGGUCGAUAUUCAACAACUUUUCACCGAUCUACGAAGUUCACCUGCAAAUGUUGAACCAUUUCAAAGAGCUACAGUCGAACUGGACGGAUAGUUGUUCCAUUGGCAAAAUAAUACUCGAUCAUCGCGAUGCCCUGGUAAAGGCCUAUCCACCGUACGUAAACUUUUUCGAGCAGAUGAAAGAUAUGCUGCAACAGUGCAUAGCACAAAAUCCAAAAUUCCACGCAUUCUUGAAAAUCAAUCAAUCGAAACCGGAGUGUGGCCGACAAACGCUACAAGAUCUAAUGAUACGGCCCGUUCAACGUCUUCCCAGCAUGAGUUUGCUAAUCAAUGACAUCCUGAAGCAUACACCGAAAUCGAAUCCAGACUCAAAGAUUCUGGAGGAAGCAUUGAAUGCAAUAAAAGAUGUGAUGAAGUACAUCAACGAGGAUAAGCGAAAAACAGAAGGUCGCGUCGCUUUAUUUGACAUUUUCAACGAUAUUGAUAACUGUCCAGCCGAUUUGGUGUCAUCACAUCGCAGCUACAUUUCCAGGUGUGAAGUAUCCGAGCUAUCGAAUUGCCUGAGCGGACGUGACGAUCCGCUGAUGAUAUUCCUAUUUACGGACUACAUUGAAAUUUGUAAAAUUCGUAAAUCGCGUCACAUGAACAACAUUAAGUCACCAACCGGUACAAUAAAUGCAUUAAACACAACAACACGUGCCCAUACGCACACCAAGUCAUAUAAACACAUUCGAUUGAUACCGCUCAGUGCAAUUCUCCAAGUUUAUGAUAUAAAAGAUAGUGAGCGUGCCUUUGCGAUCAAUGUCAAAGAGAAAAUUUACUGCUUCAAUAUCAACGAGGAAUGCGAUAAAAUUGUGUAUUUGAAGAAUUUCUGCAAGCAAUUAGCGGAGAACGCAUGCCGUGCCGACUAUGAGCAAUUUUUACGGAAUUGUGAAUCACAAGAAUUGGGCAUUGAUAUCAGCGAUAUCAAUUUUGGCACAUUAAAAAAGGUGUACAAUUACGCACGUACACGUCUAGUCAAUCGAGCAUUUUCAUUUAAGACCACACCGCUUCGAUUGAAACGAGCCGUUUCCACCACAUCACCACUUUACGCAAGCACAAAUUCAUUGAUGUAAUCGAUGCACAGCAGCAACAACAAUAACAACAACAAUGACACACGCUUCGCUGGUUAAAAAGUAAUUUAAAAAAGCAAACACACAUUCCUCGUACAUAUGAUAAAUAUAAAUUUAUUGAAUUUUUUUUUCUUCUUUGAAUUGUUUAGUUGUUGUUAUUGCUUUUUUUUUAAAAUCAUUUGCAAUCGCAAAACAAAAUACAAGUCAGCAUUAUACUCGAAUAUUACAUACUUGCGUACAGUUUUUUUUCCUUCUUUUUCGUCUUCUUCUUAUUUUCGACCGUUCGUUCAUUCUUUUGCGAGAUUCAUGUAUUUCAAAGCCUGCAUAGCGUUAAUAAAUUUUUGUUUUUCUCAAAA